ACGCCAAGUACCUAUUUCGAUGUUAGGGGAACUUAUUAAAGAGGUGGCCUCAUAACUAGGAUAUACGACUAUUGGUUACUUUUUAGUGGUGAACGCGCAGACUUGUUGUGUCUUGGCGGGGUUGAAUUGGACUAAGUUACGUCUACCCCAUUCAGAGACUUUCUCCAUUGAAUUCUCUAUUUUAGCCAAGAAAUUUGUGGGGAGCAGGUAUAUAGUGCAUCACCUGUACUAUUAUCCGUAUAGCAAUGAAUGCCGUUAGUCUGUAAGGUGUCAUUGAUAUGAAGAAUGAAUAGGGUAGGCGAUAGCACACAGCCUUGAGUGACACCAGCAUCAAGUAUCAACAGACUGAGAGAAUUCACCGUCAAAUACGAUUACUUACUUAUACGGCUAAUUAAUGCGAGAUAAACUACGCAAAACCAUAAUAAUUGUAUAAUCAAAGAUACAUUCAAUAUAGUCAUUUUAUAUCACUCCUCGCUUCUGUUUGGAUGUGUUUUGUGAUGGAUGUGUUCGAUGUGUUGCUCCAAGCGGGCUGCUUCACCGCGGUUGUGGUUACUUACUUGAUUAUCGUGAGGAAACAAAAAGUGAACGCUAAGAACUACAGGCAACCGGGAUGGAACUACCCGUUGAAACUCCUGGUAGCAAAGUACGCAGUAAAGCGAUGGCGGUCGCAACUUCCGACGAUGGAAUUGAAGGACACUCCAUCAACGGAGCUUAUGGAAGGUUGGGACGAUAUUACCAUCAAGGCUUCAGCACCGAACGGUGUUACUGUCGUCCUGAGUAUCCGCAAACAGUGCAAUAGGAGGAAUAUUGCUGAAGUCACAGUGUUUGUGAAGCUCUCUGAUGCUAUUUACCAACAGCAUCCAGAAACAGCUGUAUGUAUGUGGACCGAGGUGGAGGGCUGCUGGGCCGCCGGCGGACUGAAGAUACAGGUGCUAGAACCGAACAACAGACUGAGGAUUCUGUACAACGGCCUCCUUACACGAGUUGACGACAACACUACGCAACAUCUCACGUUCAAUUUCAUUUGGACAUCAGCAACGAGUGUGAUCCGCCACCCUCACGAUUGGAGCGAGAACCUCGCCUCGCAGACCCUGGCCUUGGAGCCGUGGAGGGACACGUUUUGGCCACAAAUGCUGAGCAAAUGCGACGAAGGCGGCGGCAGUUGGAUGCAGUUCGGUGUCGUCCAGGGUAGAGUGAACUCGUACAACGGCGACGGUACACCAGACCGCAGCGAGUACAUCCGCGUGCGAGGGGUCAGAGAGAGGUCCUGGUCCCAGCACAGGACUCUCAGACGGUCCAUCAACAUCGUGGUAGCGGCCCGAGAUGGCACCGCUGUGCACAUACGCGCGAGCUCCUAUAAGAAUGAUUUUACACAGUGUGUUUCAGGAUCGGUAAGACUGCCAAAUUUCAUGGUAAAGCCGUUAGAAGACUGUGAUUUGGAUAUGUCUGACUUCUGUGAGACUCUAGAAAUAGUACCGGAGAACUACACUAUAAAUGUUCAUGCGUACAAAAUAAACUUUAAAAUCGAGAUGAAGAUAAACAAAGAUGGCGGUCGAGUGUACCACGGCGCGCCGCAUCACUUCGAGGACGUGUUCCGUACCGUGUCAGUUAGCAUUAACGGGGAGAUUGGCACGGGCGUUCUGUAUCUAGGGUAUGAGAAAGCAAAACGCCAGCCAUCAGUAUCCAUAACCCCCGAGCCAACACUGCGUUGGCUGAGCGCGGCCGAAGCGGGGGCUGUGGGGUACUGCGUCUCGCUGGGUGACCGCGCCGCCGCCUGCACGGACUACGUGGGGGGAAAGGGUGCCUCGCUGGCAUUGCUGGCUUCGAUACAGGAGAAGGAGGGUUACAAAGUACCGCCAGGGUUCUGUCUAACUGUUCACGCCUUUAAGAAGCAAUUAAAAUUAAACCCGAAGAUAAAAGAAGCUAUAGCGGCGAUUGAAGCAGCUAACGAAAAUUAUGAAGAGUCCAAUUUUAAGGACAAGUGCCAGAAUGCUGUAGAUUUGAUCGUCUCGACGGAAAUAGCUUCUGACGUGAAAGCGGAUAUUCUGUCUCAUCUCGCUGAGUUGCGGAGACAGGCGGCAGAACAGGGCUUCGGACCGGAACUGCGGUUCGCUGUGAGAUCUUCAGCGGUGGGCGAGGACAGCGAGGCGCUAUCAGCAGCAGGUCAGAACGACACAAUACUGGGGUGUGUCAGUGACGAUGAUGUACUGAGCGGGGCGGUGCGCUGCUGGGCCUCCAUGUUCGCCUUCACCAGCGCCUGCUAUAGACGUCAAAACGGCGCGGCCUGUCUGUGCGGCGGCGGUGUAGUCGUACAGGUGAUGUGUGCGGGGCGCGCGGCCGGCGUGAUGUUCACGCGGCACCCCGAGCGCGGUCACCCCGGGCGGGUGCUCGUUACAGCUAACUACGGCUUGGGAGAGAGUGUAGUAUCGGGCGCAGUGGAACCGGACACAUACAUAGUGCGUCGUGGACCUAACGAUGAUCUGGAAGUAGCGUCCAUACAGCUCGGCUCUAAAGCCCAAAGGGUGGUCACAUCUGGCAACACCGUGGAGUUUGAGGACGUACCCGCAGCGGAGAGAACUAAGCCGUGUCUGUCCGUCACUGAGGUGCUGAAGCUGGCGAGACUCGGAGUGAGACAGGAGAUGUUCUGGGGCGCCGGCCGGGAUAUCGAGUGGGCUAUUACUGAUAACACCAUCUACCUGCUGCAAGCGCGGCCCAUCACGUCGCUGGAGCGGUGGACGGAGGAGGAGCUGCUGCACGAGGCCGACUGCCCCAUCAUGUCUGAUGACGAGCUGCUGACCUUCGCUAAUGUGGGAGAGGUCCUGCCGAAGCCGCUAUCUCCUCUCGGCUACGACCUGACCAUGAUUCCCUUGGAUGUCGGCAUGGGUAAGCUGGUGUGGAAGAACGGCGACGGAUAUUACCACACCUUCAUGUUCACACACAACCGUUGUACCAUCGCGCUGUAUAGUACGGUGUACCGCAGAGUUCCCAAGAAGCUGGACAUCAACAUCCGCAUGCUGGAGUUGGCGAUCCACGGCCACGAGGUCGCCGAUGACGACAUCAUCGCGACCGCGCUGCACCGACGACAGCCGCGGUUCUAUGACAGAAUCGUGGACCUGUAUGAGAUGGUUAAGGUACUCUUACUAUCAAAGCGGGCUAUGAACAACACUAUCCGCGACGUCAACAUCAUGAGCAUCGACACUUCCAGCGACGAUCCGCUAACUCUGUUAGACGCUAUCGCCGCUACCAAAAAACAGAUCACCAAGUUCUUCCACAACCACGGUCUUACUACCCUCGCGAGUACCUACACGCAGUUCCUGGCUAUGAGCAUACUGUUGGAGGGGAGAUCAGACUUCACCCCGGUAGAGUGCAACGAAGUCAGCAUGUUGCUGAGUUCAGGUGAUGUCUUGUCAGCGGAAGUACCGAACAUUCUAGCGAGGAUUGCGAGAAAGAUCGAUGGGUUUAGACGACUUGAGGAGUUCAGGAAACAGGACCCCAAGAACGCAAUGGACUGGCUGAAAUAUAACCUGCCGCCUGUCCACGACGAUGUCAAGCAGUUUUUGGACGAUCACGGCCAUAGAGCUAUAAUGGAGUUCGAUCCGUUAACGAAGCCCUGGGCGCUGGUGCCUGAGGACUUCAUGCGAGUGUUGAUGCACGUGCAGACCACGCAGCAGGAGCCCAAACCCGCCCGCACCAACGACGACGUCAUCAAUUCACUUAAGACACCGCAGAAGUCCAGUACGCGCAAAUUCCUCCGUUUGAUCGUGCCUCUCUGCCACCGAGCAGUUCGCCACAGAGAGUCUACUAAGGCUCACCUCAUACUUGCAGUACACAAAGUGAGGCUAGCUGCUCUCAAUCUGGGCAGAGUGCUGGUGAAGCGCUGGUACAUACCGCACCCGGACUUGGUGUUCUUCUUCAGGGUACAUGAACUGAGGGAAUAUAUACAGAAUAGAGAUACGGCGCUGUUGAAGAAGGCCGUCCAACGCCAGCAGUACUUCCCCAAGUGGGAGAGGCUGAGGUUCGCUGAGAUAAACCGGGGGUGGGUGGAGCCGGCGCCGGUUGCGGUGACGGUUUUCGGCGCGGGCGUGCGGCUCGCCGGGACCACCGCGUGCAGCGGCGAGGUGGUGGCCAGAGCGUGUGUUGUUAAGGACUUGAGUGAGAUCGGUCAGCUGCGUCAGGGUGACGUGCUGCUUACGCACUCGACGGAUAUCGGGUGGUCGCCGUACUUCCCCCUGCUCGCCGGCAUCGUCACCGAGCUGGGUGGACUGAUAUCGCACGGAGCGGUGAUAGCGCGCGAGUACGGACUACCGUGUAUAGUGGGAGCGCUCGGCGCCACUGACAUGUUCGAAACUGGAGACAUGAUACGCCUCUCGGGGACGGACGGACUCAUUGAAAAAGUCAACGUUGAAGAGGAAAAAGUUAGCGAAGAGAAAAAUUGAGCGGAGAGGAAAAAGGGAGCGAAAAAGAGAGAGUAAGCAGAUAAUAUGCUAUCAAGUAUCAUGGCACGCCUAGAUGUCACUGUUUUGUACCAUCAGAGGAAUUGAUUUACAGGCAGACAUAUGUUACUUGUUCGGGACAAUGUUAGCUGUAUAUGUCUGAUGGGCUUGAUUU